AUGCACCGUGUCAUCUUUACCGUCCCAUUCCUCCUGUCCGGUGUGGCUCUGGCCAUGCCUCAAACCCCGGCCGACACGAGUGCGUUGAGCGGGUUGCCGGCUUGUGCGCAAGAUGCCGCCACCGCCGCCCUGGCCUCGUCGGGCUGUCCCGUGAACAACCAGACCUGCAUCUGCAGCUCGGCUCCGUUCAUCAGCGCCAUCACCACGGCCGUCACGCAGACGUGCUCCCCGGCCGAUGUUCAAGCGGCACUGGUCUUCGGCCAGACCUUCUGCGGCGCGGCCCUCAACGGCAGCGGGGGAAGCUCCUCGUCGGCCAGCUCGUCCCCGACCUCCAGCGACGAUUCCUCCAAUGGCGUCUCGACCACCACCGUCCCGGGCACGUUGACGUCGGUGACCAGCGUGGCCGGCGCCACGGACAGCAUGACGGCGACCAUCACCACCACUACCGCCGCCGCCGCAACCGACCUGUCGACCGGCGGGGGCAACGGCACCGUGAUGACCACCACGGCCGAAUGCUCCAGCACCACCACAACCAUGAUGACCACCGCGAUGUCCUCCAUGCCGACGGGCGCGUACACCGCGACCUACACGGGCGGGGUGGGCGCGGUGAUGAAGAACGCGGCGGGAUCCGGCAUGAUGGCCGCCGUGGUCGUGGGUGUUGCUGGGGCGGCGGCCUUGUUGUGA